UUUUGCCUUAAAAAUGUUUAAAAAACUGAAGCCUGGUGAAAGCGAAGAAGAUGUCUUACGAAUGGCGGCCGAGUUCAAUGCGGAGAGGGCCAAAAAUCCGGGCUUUCAACCAGCUGCAGCAUUUGUGAGAAUGGAUAAAGCCCCCAAGAAGUCCAUGUUUGCUCAGAGAAGGGAACAGGCCAAAUUGGGACGUAUUACAUCUGCGGAAAGGACCCAACCGGAGGCGACGCACCAGGAAGCAAAAGAAAUCAAGGAGAAAUCAAGUGUCUUCAGGGAAUCUGACUCGCAGGGCAGCUGUGGUCUUACAAACAAGGUGCUAAUGGAUGAGAUCCAGGAGAACAUCUUAGGAGACGUCAAGGGUACCAAAAUGAACGCAAGAUCGAUAAGCAAUGUCCUGGGUGACCUUGUAGAAAGACCUGUGGCUUCUAUAAGACCCGUUUUGCCGGAUGCUCCGCAACAGGUAAGUUAUACUUAAAAAAGUAAGAAUCUAAAUCACAUUACCAUUCUAUAUUUUCAGAGAAACCCCAGCAAACCAUUGAGUAUUUUUGCCCGCCAAAUGUUGAGUGAAAAUUCCCCACAACCAAAAGAUUCUUUGCGAACUUCAGAAGCCUCUAAAACGGUAGGCAGCUCUCUUAUAAAAGAUGCCAAAAUGGCACAGGAAAUACAUGAGGAAAACCUUAAUGUACUAAGCCAAAUGAGCGAGCAAGACAUUCUAGCAGAGCGGGAACAGUUACUAGCGUCUUUGGAUCCAUCGCUGAUAGCUUUACUGGCUAAAAAACGACAAGCAAAAGACAAGCUAGUGGAUAAUAAGACUAGUCCCAUAAUUAUAGAAGCGCCACCCCAGCCGCCAAAAACAACACAACCUUAUUCUCAAUCGAUUUCAUCUCUGCCUGAGUCAAAUCCAGCUCUAGAACUUCUGCAGCAAAGUGACGAAGGUCAGUGGGUCAAUUUUGGCCUUGUAGAAGAACACAAGCUGGCUUGGAUGCGGGAUAUACCUACUAAGAUGAAGGAACUGAAACCUGGUCAGCAGUUUGAUGCAAGAUUCGAUUGGAAAGGAGUGUUAUUGCCCCACUCGCUGCAGGAAGAUCAGGCAUCAUCCAAGGCAGUGGACGACAGGGAGCUUUAUCUACACGGCGAGGAAGCAGAGCGUCCUGGCUACACACUUCAGGAGUUGUUCCGCCUGGCCAGAUCCACUGUCUUACAGCAGAGAAUCUCUGCCUUUGGCUCUAUAGCUGGAAUAUUUAGUAUUUACAACCAGGGUUUUUACGACCAGGUUUUGACCUUGCCAAUAUCAAAGAUGUUCUUUCUGCUGCGCUAUGGUCUGGAUGACAACGCUCCCGCCCAGCUAGAGGUUGUGAGCCGAGCUCUAGCGAAUUUGUUGUACAACGAAACGGAUGAAGUAGUACUUGAUAAUGUCCACGAUUAUGCCUACUGCCAUUGGCAGCCGGUGCUAAAGGUUUUGGAGAACGCGAGUGACGCAGAAGCCGAUUCCGAUCCCACUUCUAUUGCCUUUCUCCAAAGCUAUAUGAAGCUACUGACCACCAGUCAAGCUGUGCGAGCCGAUGUGGAUGAGGAUGAGGGAGAGAGUCGCAUGUCCAUGGACGAUUUUCAGCUGGCGGAAACGGAUCUGAUAGAUUGCCUUUUGAGAACUAACAUUUUGCAAAGAAUUAAGUUCAUUUUAAACUCGGUUCGCCCGGAUAAUAGCACUGUGGAGUCUUGUCUGAAAGUACUUAUAAGGAUUGCCCGGACAAGUCUUAAGGUAGCCCGCCAGUUGGCCAAUGAGAGCGAUCUCCUAGAGAUUCUCUUUCGCAAUUUUUUGCCUUCAGGGAAUGGCAACGGCCAGUUUUAUGGACAACCUCAAGUACUUUUUCUGAAACUGAUUCGAGUAUUGGUCUGUCAGCAUCUGGAUAUAGCAAAGAGUCUCGCGAAGGGAGUGCUAAUCCAAAGACUUCAGCAAUAUUUGUUCCUUCAGGAUACCAAGGCCCGGAUGGUUCGCGUUCAGAUCGAGUCUCUGAGAAUCCUGCGCUGCUUUUUGCUUCUAGGGAUCGUGGAUCGGGAUGUGUUCAGGCAGUUCCUGCCCGCACUUCGCCAGCUACUUGACUGGCACACCAAUCAUUGUGUGUUCGAAGGCGUGGGCGGAUCGGGGCUGGUGCGCCAACACGCAGCAGCUCUGAUCGUGGCGCUGGUGGCCAGCGGAGAAAGCGGAGUUUGUGACCUCGAGGGGCAGAAGCUAGUCGUAGAGCCGCUCAACAACUGCUGCUGCAAGUGGUUGCACGCUGCCACGCGCUCCGAAAAAAUCAACGAUUUCAGCCAGAUGACCCUUUUGAGUGCCGUGUUGUAUGCCGCUUCUUGGUUCUCCCGUAAUGGCUAUCUGGGCACUACCAGCUUUCAGACUUUCCUGCGCAGCAUCCUGCCGAAAUUCGUUCAGUCGCCUAGCUUUGUGGCAUGCGUACAAGACCUGGCUCUAGGUUCCGUAAUUCUGAGACGCCCCAUGGAUCGGCGACACGUGAACGCGGCGUUGCCUAAUAUGGGAGCAGUGUUGAUGCACGACUACGGGCCGCAGCUGAUCGUCAGUGAGUCGUAUCCGGUGCAUCUGUUGAGUAAUCUCUGGGCCCUGCUCGUUGUUUCCCUGGAAGGUGGUGGAGUUAUCGAGAAUACAUUGUUUACGGCCCUUAUGCAACCGGCGGUGCUGGAGCCGUUAGCUGAGUAUCUGCGACAACUAGGCCUGCGACUCAAUCGGGUUCUGGCCACCAACUUUUUCGCCCGUACUGAGCUGAGAUUCGUCCACCAACUUCUGACGACGGAUGGCCUGGAGACCUACUUGGAGCGCCCGCAGCUGUUGCAGUUGGUGUACAGCUACCUCUGUUGCCUCUCCACUGCCCAUGCCACACAGAUUAAGAGCACCUUUGAACGGUUCAUCUUCAAUGGGGAGUAUGUGGAAUUGGAUGAAAAGAGUUUGAAACUCUUGGAGCAAACCUGUCUGGAAAUGGUGUAUCCCCACAUCAUAGCUGACAACUCGGAGCCCUCCCUGUCGCUGUGCUACACUCAAGCUCCCAUCCUUCCAGCCGACUGGCCGUUCUUCCAGAUGCGCCUCAUCCUCAGCAACUACCUGCAAAAUGUGCAGCAACGACCAGCUGCCAUAUACUCAGAGAACCAAGUCGUCCGCAUGACAUUGACUUUCGUUCGGCAACUAGAGCGGCAGGGACUUCAGAUUGUUAGUCCUCUGGAGAAGCUUAUGUAUCUAAUGAUAGCCUUCAUGGGUCCAGAUUCGCAGUUUUUGGAUCCAGACUUGCACGAGUUGCUAGCCGAUUACCUCAAAGACUUUAACCAUCAGAAUGCCAAUCAUCAUUUCGACUUUGAUGCUGAGCUGGUGGACAAAGCUCGGUUCGAGCCACUUUAUUACCUGUUUGUGGAGCACUUUGAGGCGGCCAGUUACGGCGACGAGCUCUUCAGUUCUCUGGUGCUCCUGCCCCUGGCCCAAAAAUACGACAACAAGUGGCGCAGGCGUCUCUGGUCGGAACAUGUGCAAGCUGUGCGUUUUCUAAACUGUGAUGAAGGCCUGUUGAUGGGAGGCCUUUCCGCCUAUUUGAGUCCCGUGGAGAAGGAGCCCUCAUUGGUGCAGCUCUAUGGUGAUGCACUGGAACGUCAACUGGUUCGUCCUGGCAGCAUAGCCUUUCGAAUAGCCCAGUACCACUUUAACAACUCCAAGGCAGUGUAUAAAACGAAAUCUUUUUGAUAAUCUCGACCAUUAAUGGCUGAUAGCUGUAAGAGGCUCUUCAAGGCUUCUGCCCAAACUGCGAUAAAGAUAUUCAAUUUGGCAAUCCAGUCUUUAAAUGUGACAAUGUUCUAUUUUUGUAUUUCGAUUUGUGUGCUACCCUAUUUUGAAAAGCAAAGUAGUCGAACUUAUAAAACUCGUGAUCUUCGAAAUUAAAGUUGUAUUUUUUCGAAUGGUAAUUCGUAUGGUUUCGGUUAUAAAACUAUUUGUUUUUGUGAUUAUGACUUGUGGAUCUUAUGUUGCUUAAAAUUAAUGUC